GUUUUGUCUCGUGAAAAUACUGUUUGAAAUUAGUUGUAGUGAUCCUAUUUAGUUGUUUCUGGUGUUAAAUUACAUGUGUACCGCGAACUGUGCGUGUGAUCAGUUGAUUAGUGUUGCCCAAGGAAGUUUGUUUCCAAAGGUCGUACCUAUACAUGGUUACGAUACCAUAUAUUGAUAUUUUUGCAUUGAAAUACUUAUCCAGUGCUUUGUUUUACUAGUGAUCGAGUUACUUCAGAUUGUCAGUGAAAGAAGUUGAUGAGUGCCUAAAGUUAUCUGUGAUCAGCAGUGAAACAGUCGGUGUGCGAUGAUAUUAUGUAGAGAAGUUACGGACCACAACGCGCCAGAUUUUGUCAAGUGAAUACUGCUCGACCCCUGGCUAAACGAUGGCACACUACCCCCAACCCGCGUCCUUAGAAGCGGCGCUCCCGCUAACAACGCGACCAGACCUCCGCCUCCGUCAACAGUUGGGCGAACAACUGACGGCGCUGGUGCGUCGCGAGCCAGAGAUCACGAGCGACGUGUCCGCGCAGCUCAUAGACUCUAUGGUCGCCUGGCUCAAUGGCGGGAACUUUAAGGUGGCACAGAAUGCGCUCGAGGUGCUGACGGCGCUCGCUGAGCGUAUGGGACCGGAGUUCUCACACUACGUGCCCACUGUACUGCCGCAUAUUAUAGACAGACUAGCGGACACGAAGGAGGCGGUCCGGCACACCGCGCGGACGUGCGUGGCGUCGCUGGCGCGGUCGCGCGCGGUGCAGGCGCGGGCGCUGCUGGCGCGGCUGGCGCCCGCGCUGCAGCACAAGGCGCCCCACGCCCGGGAAGAGGCGCUGCGCUGCGUGCAGGCGCUGCUCGACCAUCACGGCGCCACAGAGCUACAGCUGAGGGCUGCGGUGCCGAACUUAGCGGCGCUGGUGGGCGACCCCAGCAGCGGAGUGCGGGAUGCCGCCAUGCAACUCCUCGUCGACGUGUACAGGCAUGUUGGUGAGAGAUUAAGACAAGACUUGAAGAAGAAAGAGUUACUGCCAGCACAGAAGUUUGCCUUGCUCGAACAGAAGUUCGACGAGGCGCGGGAAGCUGGACUCAUGUUGCCCACUGCGACAGGAGCGGAUGAGCCGGACUUUGUAUCCCGAACAGUCAAGCGAACCAUGACGAUACCCACGUCUGCUCGCUCCAGAGACGGAGACAGCUCCGGUGCUUCUACACCAGCCUGUGACGCCCCGAAGCGAUCCGUCGCCGGUUUGUAUAGCAUGCCGUCGGCGAACCGGAAGCCGCCGCCGCCGGCGAAAUUAACUAGCACGGGUAGUGUAUCAUCGGGCAUGAGCACACUAGCGGGCGGCGAGGCGGGCGCGGUCUCCAGCGAGGCGUUCGAGGCGGCCUUCCUGUCCGCAGCACCCGCCGCCGUGUACGGGCCUCGAGGCCUCGACGACCUGUGCCGCCACGCCGCCGCCCUGCUCGGCGACAGGGCUGCCGACUGGGAGAAGCGGGUCGAUGCUCUAAAGAAGAUACGUUCCCUUCUAACGGCGAACGCUCACCAGCAGUAUCCUACAGAAUUCGCUGCCCAUCUGAAGGACCUGUCCGUGCCUUUCCUAGUCGUCAUCAAGGAUCUGAGGAGUCAGGUGGUGCGAGAAGCCUGCAUAACGAUAGCUCACAUGGCUAAAGUUCUGCGCAACAAGAUAGACCAGUUCAGUUUAUACAUACUACAGGAGUUGAUCAACCUCAUACAGAAUGCUGCUAAGGUGGUGUCAUCAGCGGGCACAAUAUGUGUUCGCUACAUAGUGUCAUACGUACACUCACCGCGACUGCUCCCCGUUAUAGUCACCAAUCUUACUACUAACAAGUCUAAGGAAAUUAGAUCUACACUCAGCGAGGUGCUAGUACUAAUGCUAGAAAAAUGGCCGGCGACGACCAUAGAGAAACAACAGGCGGCCGUGCGCGACGCCAUCCGCCGCGCAUGCGUCGACGCCGACAGCACCUGUCGGACAUACGGCAGGAGAGCAUACGCAGCGUACAAACGCCACUUCCCGGACGACGCAGAGCAGCUGUUCGCCCGUCUCGACUCCGCAGCGCAGAAGCAGAUCGAGAGAGAACGCAAUAUUGGCAGCGUCGACAGCCUGCACCAUGUCGGCACAGAAAGGAGAGUUAUUACAAGUCCUAGAAGUCCAUCAGCCAGUGUUUCAGAUCGUUCUCCAGCCGGCGGUACGGCGCGAUCAGUGUCAGCCCUAGACGCGGCGGCGGCCCAGCGCGCCCGCGCCCGAGCCCUCUACUCGCACAUGAGUCGCAACAAGAUACCGCCUACAGCUAGUUUACCGAGAGCCAAGAGAUCCCCAGUGGCUUCUAGCGGCGUGCCUCCCAGUCCUGAGCGCAGUGUUGGACGGUCUAGAUCUAGACCUGGCGUGUCGCAGUCGCAACCUACAUCCAGAUCCUCGUCGCCGUCUUCUCGCAGCAGUGGUCCGAUGUCGUUAGCCAGCGCCAGGAGAAGACCGUCGGGUAUACCGCGGUCUUUAGCUGGAUCAAGGGAGACCAGCCCUACCAGGAGCGGUCGUUCAAGCAGUGUAGUGAGUUCUGGUGUUCGCAGACGAGAGUCCAUAGAGAGGACCGCACCUUCCCGUGCCCCUGCCGCCACCCUCAGGCUGCUGCAGCAGAGCAGAGACGCUGAGGCUAUGUUAAGGAGUCCUGAAGACAGUUCGGCUUGUGAAGGUGGGCGCGGGCGUGAUGACGACUCUGAGGCUUCCAGCGUCUGCUCAGAAAGAAGUCUGGACUCUUACCGAAGACACGAUAGCGUAUCGUGGUCGGGCUCCGGGUCGCGGCUGGGCUGGGAGUGCGGCUCGCCGCCGCCGCCGCCGCCCCCGGACGACAUCAUCGCGCUGUGUGCCUGCACACACUGGACUGAGAGGAAAGAUGGACUCACACAUUUGGCAAACUACCUAAACAGUGGCCGUCUCCUAACCGACGAACAACUCCGGCGUCUAACCGAACUCCUGAACAAGAUGUUCGUGGAUGCCCACACCAAGGUGUUCUCCCUGCUGCUGGACGCCGUCUGCGAGCUGCUGCUGGUGCACUGGCAGCAGCUGAAGGACUGGCUCUACCAGCUCAUGUUCCGAUUACUAAUGAAGCUAGGCACAGAUAUCCUCGGGUCGGUGCAGAGCAAGAUCAUGAAGACGCUUGACGUUAUACACGAGUGCUUCCCCGCUGAGUUGCAGCUGCAUAAUAUAUUCAGGUUCCUAGCAGACGGAGCGACAGCACCGACGCCUAAGACGAAAGUAGCGGCGCUGCGGUUCCUAGCGGAUCUCGCGCACGACUACUGCACGCCUAAUAGUUUGGCGUUAGCUUUACAUGGCGGCGCCACGGGCGUGGCGGGCCGAGCCCUGGUGAAGGUGUCGUCGCUGGCGAGCGACCCGCGCGCGGCCGACGUGCGCGUCACGGCUAGGCGAGCGCUCGCCUCGCUGUAUGACUGCAAUCCUGUGCCCUUCACGGCGCUAAUGAGCGAGUUACCCGCGGAGACGCAGGCGCUCGUCAACGGCGUGGUACAACAACAUGUCCGGAGAACUUCCAGCACAGGCUCGGACAGUCCUCUCCGCACAGUGAGUGGGGCGAGCAACGCGGCGGCGGAUGACGUUUACUCACGCAUACGACGAACCACUACUGAGAUACAUACUUACACGGCGCAGCAUAGCAAUGCGGACUGCGGUAACCACAUGUCGAGCAAAGACUCUGGUAUCAGUCAGAUGUCGGACGUCACGCUCUCCAACAAGGGACACAACGGAGUGCCCAAUGGACAUUACAAUGCUGAAGUGCUGAACCGCGCAGCGUCAGCCGACAGCUCUGAGGAGGCGAACAGUACGAAAGAGUCGUCGCCCGUGCCCGCUAACCAUAGGAUGGACUUCCAGCAACAUGGGGAGUUUAACUCGAGUCAACUGGGACGCGACAAGAUCAGACCGUACGAGACUGAUGAAAACGGAUAUAUUAUUACUAAAUCCGGUCUUCGAGAACCGGAAGUUUUAGAAGCACUAUGUAAACUGGACGUAUCAGCCGCCCCACCCGAGCAAUGGGAGCGAUUGCUGCUCGCCACACACGAGAUCCUCAAGUAUGGAGACUGCAGGAAACCGCUGGAGUACUUCAAGAACAUAGUACGAGUGGCGCUGGCGGCGUUAUCAAUAGAGGAGAAUGCCGGUGACAAGGAAAAUACUGAAAACGCCGGCAAUGCACAACAAACCUCGGGUUGGGGCACAGCAAACGAACGAGCAGCCGCCGAAGCAGUAAAAGUCCUGAUCUGGCUCUGCCGCCGCCCUGAGACCCGGUCCCAGUGGCAAGACUACUUCGACCUGAUCCUGCUGAAGCUCAUCCACGCCUACGAGAGCCUCAACAAGGAGCUCAUGCGGGCCGUCGAGGCCGGCAUGCCGCAUAUAGCCAACGCUCUGCCCGCUGUCCAGGUGCUAGCCCUGCUGAAGCCCGUGAUCCGCACCCGCGGCUACCCCACGUCGCUGUGCGCACUGAAGCUGGCCGCCGAAGUCGCCAAGGCACGGCCGCACGAGCUCACUGACGAUCUCGUGCAGAACCUCAUGGAGGGGAUUGGACAGUUAGCAGACCACCAAAACAGCGCAGUUCGCAAGGCGGCCGUGUUCUGCAUGGUGGCCUUCACGUUCGCGCUCGGCGAGGAACGCAUGCAGCCGCAUCUCAAGCAUCUGUCCGUCAGCAAGUACCGCCUCCUGCAGGUGUACAUAAGCAAGCAGCGCGAGGAGGGCGGACGCUCUGGCGGCGCGGCGCCCACGUAGCGCCGGCGGCCCCGCGCCCGCACGCGCACGCGCAGCACGCAGACACAGCAGCAGUAGCCACUAGCCACACCGCCGGACACUGUCACCACGGUGUAUGUAAGUACGGGGAAGCGUAGCUGUGACUACGUUGCUACGCGACUACGUAGUUAUGCAGACAUAAUAUGACAAUGUCAUACGUCAUGUCAUGUAACUACGCGGUUACGUAGCUGUGUAGAUAUUCGACUAUGUUGCUACGUGGUUAUUCUGACAAGUGACUACGCGGCUACGCAAGAUAUGUGACUACUUUACUUCGUAACAAUAUAGACCUGUGACUACGUUGCUACGCGGCUACGUAACUGUGUAGAUAUUCGACUAUGCUGCGACGCGGUUAUUCUAACAAAUGACUACGUAGCUAUGUUGCUAGUUCUGUAGACUUGUGUCUACAGAACUGCGUAGCUACGCAGCUACGUAGCUGUGCAGACGUGAGUCUACAUUGCUACGCGGCUAUAUAGGCUACGUGACUACGUGCACAAAGCUGCGUAGCUAUGCAGACUUGUGUUGACUGCAUAGCUACGCAGCUUUGCAGACAUGUGACUACAUUGCUACGUAGCCAUGUAGAUGUAACUAUAUUGCUACGCGGCCGCGUAUACAUGAAACUACAUAGCUUCGUGGCUACGUAGACAUUUGACUAAAUAGCUGUGAAGUGACUUGUUGCUACGUAGGUAUAUGCAUAGACAUCUGACUACGAAACUGCGUAGCUACGUGGUUAUUCUAACACGCUACAUUCUCAUCAUGAUAUAGAUAUAUACGUACCCACAUAGCCGCGUAGUCUAAAUAGUUACAUAGCUCCGUGAACAUGGGACUUCGUAAACACCGUGGUGAUAUAGAACUUCUCUUUAAUUGUGUGUAACGGUUAGUGUCAAUAGUUAUGUUAAUCUUUUUAACCAAAUAUUUUCAAUAGAAUAUAAUCACGCUAGAAGCAAAAUUUCUGUAAUUUCUUCCUUUAUUUUGGAACUAAAGACAUCAAAAUAUUAUCUAAAUAACUUUACUACUUACUACACGUUACACACAGUUAAAUCUAGUCCGAGGCGAAACAAGGCUAAAACAAUGCAGUUAUUUAAAGAAAUCUUCCAAUACAAACCCAUAGGUUUUCCACAGUGUUACAGAUAAUAUUCCCAGUGUGUAUGAAAAUAGAAUUUUUUGAAAAUUCCCUACAAUUUUGUAUUUUUUUUUUCAAAAUGAGCAAUGGGUUGGUUGGUACAGUAAAUUGUAUGUAUGGUUUAUAGUACUUGUAUUUAACUAUAAUUUAUUACACAUUCAUUAAUUUAAAUUGGCAAAAAAUAGGCCUAUACAUUUUCGAAAUUUUAACAACUGAUACUGACAAACGCAUUUAAAAACAAACAAGAAAUACAUUAGUUAAUACAAGUACUAAGAUCAAGAGUCAUCAAAAUUCCGUGUAACUCUUAACCGACUUCCCAAAGCAGAGGUUCUCAAUUCGGAUGUGUUUUUUUCUUAACAUCAUAAUAUUUUGAAAAGUGUACGCGUGAUAAAUCAAAGACUGGACUAAAGAGCGCGAAAGUGAUUUUGAACUGUAUAUUGAUAGUAAUAGGGGCGAGAUUUUAAUGUUUUUUUUGUAUCAUAUACUUAUUGUAUGUAAAACUUUGGUAUAAGUAUGUGUAGGACUGCCUAUGUAUGAAUUUUGGUUUGGCGAGGGCAAAAAGUAGUUAAAAAAUCUAUUAAAAAAACCUUAUUUUUUGUGAAGUAAAAUUCUUCAAAAAAUACUGGAGAGAAAGUAAUGUUUUUUAAAGAAUCUACUUUGUAAAAUAUGAGGUUUUUAAUGUGUAAUUUCCAAGUGAAUUGGGUAGGAUGGGAAUUCCCAUUGUACCCAGUUUUCCUGGGAUGGCACGAUAAGAUGAGAUGGUCAAAUUAUGGGAAAUAGAUCAUGUUAUUGAACUUAGCUUUCGCUUAAAGCUUUAUAUUAGUAUGUGUCAAAUCGACGAAUAGAAUUAUUGUAAUAUCAUGUGUAAGAAUGUUCCAAAACUAUUAUUGUUUAUGGUAGAAAAAUGUAUUAAUUAUCUAACCCGUUCAAUUUAUUGAUUGGUUCACCUUAUAAAUUGAUAAUUCAAUAGUCUUAAAGUACGUUUCCAAGUUACAUUUUUUCUUCUUUUCUUCUGGAAUUUUCCUAGUUCUUGAAAUAUCUAAAAUUUAAUAUCAAAAAGCACAUUUUCAACUAUAUUUGUCACGGUGUACCAAAUAAUAUGCUUUACCAAAGUGAGUGUGAAUCUCGCCCCUCUAGUAAGAUAGUCAGCCGUGUUGUUUAAAAAACAAACUUUCUCGUCGUUUGUACAGGCGUUUUGUAUAUGUGUGGAAAGCAUUUCAAUGUUGUUAAGAUGUGGUAAAAUGACCAUUUGUGUUUUUUUUUUUGGAAAUUCCCAUUUCACCCAGUUAAUGGGAAUGGGAAAAUUUAACAGUGAAGAAAGUGUUUAGUGGUCUGGUUGGGAUAAUAAUGUGUGCUGUGGUCAUUUUACUACAUUAAAAGUGCUGUCAAUAUUGGUAAUAAGGCUCUGCUAAAUGAUGUAAAGAUUUUCGGCUUGAAAUGUGUAAGAAUUAAGGUAUAGAGAAGGGUAUUAAUUUACAAGAUAGAAAUCAUUCCUAGGAACCAUUCCCCGUUCGGAAUAUUUUUUCCCAUACCAUGGAAUGGGAAUAGAAUUUAUUCCCAUCGUUCGAUCUACCCAUACUGAAAGUAUAAUCAUGUAUUUACUACAGUAAGGCUCAAGUUCACCGACAACGUAAAACACAACGUUUACUUUGAAAAUUGAAUGUAAAAAUCAUUAUAAACAGUUGUUUGUCAGAAAACUAAAGUUUUUGCUGUGGGUGAAGUUGGCCCUAAAUUGUUUUCCUGUCUGUUAUGAUGUGUGUGUGCCUUUUCGCUAAUUGUUGAAUUAUUUCAUGUGAAAAAAACAUAAUAAUCAUGAAUCAAAUUGUUUUGAUUUAAAAUCGUGAGUUUUACACUCCUGUUGAAAACUAUAUUAAGUUUUUGAUAUUCCUAUCGCCUGUUAUUCCUUACCAGUGACGGUAGUCAUUGUGUACGUCAUAUGGAGUGUCAUUAAUACACACUUCGCGUUACACCGUCUGAUAUUAACUUAGAGAUAUGCUUACUAAUAUCUCUUAAUUACAUUAAUUAUGACCUUUCCCUGUGUGGAACUUUCGAGAAAUAAGCAGUUCCCAAUUUAGCUAGACCCCGUUGCGCCUACCAAUUCAAAUUUUAUUUCAAUCUGGAAGAACUCAAUAGUAAAAAAACUAGAUUCCCAUUUAAUUGGAAUAUUUUCCAAGUUCAACCAGAUUAUUCCAAAGUGAUAUUUUUAGUAUCUGUAGGCCCAACAAUGAAUAAGUCUUCGAAAAAAUAAGACAGAAAAAUAUUUUUUCCCGAUCAAGUGACAAAAUAGUAUAACAGUCUGCCUUAAGUAGGAAUAAUGUUAAAAAGAAAUGUUAAAAACUAACUUAUCUUAAAACCCGACAAAUAGGAAAGAGUUAACAUUUGUUGGUAAUGAUAUUUUUUAUGAUAUAAAUAAAAAUAAAACGUGGAUUUUAAUCACUGUUCGAGUCACAUUUAAGUUUUGGUGUUGCAUCACCAAUUUUGGUAAUAAAAAUUAGACCUUUAUUUCCAAUUAAUAUCGCCAUUUUUUGAGAUUAAAAAGUGCUUAUGGACGACCCAAUUAGAAUUCCCAGUUAACCCAAUUCCUAUUAAUUGGGUGAUUGUAACCCAAUUCCCAUUGAUUGGGUCCUUCAGAAACACGACGAACGACUAACGACAUUUAACGACUAAACGCAGCGAUUUUUUUUUUGUUGUUAAUAACUGAUUUAAAAACGCAUAUAUCUGUGUACAUACGAACUUGAUAAGAUGGCAUUUGUGAAGAUGAGAAACUACAGUUAUUUCGUGCGAAAAAGACGUUUAGGGUGACCGGUAAUUUUAGUGGCCGAUACUCAUGUUUACAAACCACUUUCCCAGAGAAAGUUAUUUUUUAAUUCUCAUUAGUUUUAUCACAAUAACAUAAAGGCUGCUUCCAAUUUUGAACUUUGUUUGAUGAGAAUAAAAUAUAAGUUUCUCUGGAAAAGUAUGUUUGUCAUCAUGAGUAGAAUCCCGUGUUUUAAUAUCCGUCACUUUAUUACCAGUCAUGCUAUAUAGAAGGUUAUGAUUUCAAGAAGUUAUAUACAUACAUUUUGGUAAUUACAGGUGUCUUUUUCACACUAAUAUAACUGUGUUUAUCUGUAGUUUGGCUGCGAAAAAGACAUGAUUUUUGAGACUGGGAGGUUGUAUAAAAUGCUCUGAAUUACUGGUAUGUUAUGGUCCGUUAAGAAGCGGUUUUAACCGCAUUUUUGUUAACUGUCUUUACUUCCAAAGUUAGUAAUUGUUAACUCUUUAUUUUGUAUCGAAAUGUGGGCUUUUUGGUGAGGAAUAUUGGCAGUAACUUAUAUUUAAAAGUAUCUAGACAUGGUUAAAUAUUGUUGUCAGUAAUUUCAAAAAAUUAUUGCACAUUUUUUUUUCUACCAAAAUUUUGCCAACUUCUGGCAAUACUAACUCAGUGUUGCCAACACACCUCGCCAAAUUACCCCGCGAGAUUAACACGACAUAACUCACAAACUAUUUUAUAUUUAAAAAUUAAAAAACAAUUCAUCACUUUUUGUUUACAUAACGCUUGCAUAAUUUUAAGCGGUUAAUUUUUGAGUUUAAAAUUGCAAAAAUGGCUUGUACGUUACAAUUUGAUAUGUAAAAAUAUGUGAUUGAUUGUACAUGUAGUGAUUUAAAGGUACUUUUUGAAAUUGAACUGCCGACCGCACAUGCAGUGACUACAUGAAAACAAUUGAUAUCUUACAGCGACUGCACUUACUGCCGCUUCGAUACAAAACGGUUUCAUGUACAUACAGCUGCGGCCGACUUCAUGCAGUCGCGGCAUGUUCGGUCGGCAGUUGACAUUCAAAACGUGCUUUAAACAUUGUUGUCUUGUAAAAAUACUGGAGAUAUAAACUAAAUUGUGUCCGCCAUUUUUGUUAUAUUAAACUCGAGUUUUGUUUUGUAACGUAUAUUUAUCAUUUUGUAUACUUUUUCAUUGUAAUAUAUAUAUAUAUAUGUUAUGUACACUUGUAGCAUUUGCUGGUGUGGAGGUCAGGCAGUUUCGACGCCAAAUUCAGUGUUUUAAAAUAAUGUAUUGAAUCUCAAUUUAUUUCGACGCUUUAAAUGUUGUGUGUUUUUGAUAAUACCCUUUUUACUUUUACGUUCAUCUGUCACUUACGGCCAGUUUCUUUAUCAAAAGUUAAAGUUAAAGUAAUGUCUAAAGUAAAAGUAACGGUCAAAUAAGUUUUUUCAAGGCUAAAGUGACAGGAAAACUAAUAGAAAAAUUGAAUUUGACCGUUACUUUUACUUUAGACAUUACUUUGACUUUUACUUUGGCUUUAACUUUUGAUGAAGAAACUGGCUGUUAAUAGGUUAAAACCUAACUUUAAAACAAUUCAUUUCAAACAAUGGCUUUAGCCAAGAAGUUGAAAACUUGACUUUACCCAACUUUCAGAAAAAGAUGGUUACUGAUUUGACCACCAUAUGGUAGAAAAGUUUGAAUACUUGAUGUCCUUUUUAACCGACUUCCCAAAAAGGAGGAGGUUCUCAAUUCGGCUGGUAUAUAUUUUUUUUGACACACAGUAAUAGUUUAAUAGUCAUAUAAUUUGAUACAUGGAAGACCAUUCAUAUUUCUCUAUAGUCUUAAAGUAUAAAAGACAUUAUGAAAAAACACAGAAUCUUGCACAUGGCUUCACCACUAUAUGUUUUAAAACACUGAUGUCUGUUUGUUGCUGAUUGCGUACUAACAUGAGACGUGGUGCGUUUAACAUUGUCAUAUUUAUAAUAAAAUUGUAUUUUUUGCAAUUUUUUUGGUAUUUUCUCGGAAAUCCUAAGGUAAAUAGGUGGUGUUAGUAAUUUUCUUUGAACAUUUUUUCUUCAGAAAUUCUGUAACUUAACAUGGUAUUUUUUGUAUUUUCCGUCGCCAACAUCAUCUUAAAAAUUGAUUAUUUAAUAAUGUAGGGUUACCGAAUGUUUGCAGUUGACAGCUGUUAGUCUAAAAAAAAAAUUGGUGGACUAGGCAGAUGAUGAAAUCUACCAAAGUAUGGAAUUUGUGAAACGGUAAAUAUAAAUUAAAUCCAUGAGCUUUUUUAUGCUUGAAUAAUGUUAGUACCUACAAUUUUGUGACUAAUUUAUUAUUUAGUUUAACAUACUUUUAUCUGACAAUGUUACACGUAACAUGCUUGAGAGUUUCAUCAAAGAUGUUUACGACUUUAUAAAAUUACUGUGUUUUAGAAGGAUUUUUUUUUGUUUAUUUUAGCUGAAAAUUGGGUUGAAUAUUUGAACAUUUUUGAUGAAAAUUCGUCAUGUUGUAUGCAAAUGUAUUUAUGUAUAAGAAGUGCAUUUAAAAUAUAUAAUAAUGCUUGAGUACGAGUGACGCUGUGUCAAAAUGUCGUAAUUACUUACUGUAUUUAAAUUUAUAAUUAAUAAUUAUUGAUUAUUAAUGUACGAUAGUUAUGAAUAAAAAUGAUUUUUAAGCCUUUA